AUGUGUAUGCAGUCGUUUGAUCUGGAUUUUCCAAGUGGCCUCAAUUCCUACAUCACUGCACCGCAGCUGGGUGAUUACAUGAUCCAAUAUGUGGACCAUUUCAAUCUUCGCCGUUUCUUCCGAUUCCAGUCGCGCGUGGAGUCUGUAGCCCUCGAAGGCGACGCUUGGAGGGUGACGUCGCGGGCCUUGACGACGACCGAGGCGGUGCAGUCGGAGAGCUUUGACGCCGUGUGCGUGGCGAAUGGUCACUAUGAGUUUCCCUAUCUGCCAGAAAUUCCGGGAGAAACGGCCUGGCUGGCAGCUGGAGGCUCCAAAGGCUCCGGAGGCUCUAAAGGCUCCGGAGGUCGCAGACGGGUGGUGCAUGCUGUGCACUAUGACGAUCCGGAAGAGUUCCGAGACCAGUCGGUGCUGAUUGUCGGCGGUCGCUCCUCUGCUGUGGAUGUUGCGCGAGAACUGAAGAGCAUAACUCGAUGCCUCUAUGUCUUGGAAAGUGGCUGCCGAGAUAUCAGCAGGGAAGAUCACUGUUGUCGCAUUCCCAUGGGUUCCAGCCUAAAUCCGGAUGGAACUCUGAGUUAUGAUGGUCAACAGAUUGCUGGCGAAGCUGUUGACACAGUCAUCCUCGCCACAGGUUACACCUACAGAUAUCCCUUUCUGGACGAAGAGGGCCUGGGACUGGACUUUGGUCCUACGAGACGAUAUGUGGCGCCCCUGUACCAGCACGUGAUCCAUGCCAAGCAUGACAGCCUGUGCUUCAUGGGGGUCCCGCUGGCAGUCCCUUGUCCUCUUCCUCUCUUCGAGGCCCAAGGCUUCUUCGUGGCUUCACACCUCAGUGAGCCCUUCACAACGGAAACGACUCGCCUGGAAUGGGUGCAGAAACAAUUUGCAUCAGUUCCAAGGAGCCAAGAUGUGCAUUUCCUUUCAGGCAACCUCUGGGAUCAUUUGCGAAGUCUUCUGAAGGAGGCCGGCCUGGCCGACCCCGACCUGGCCGCCUAUGCGCGGCGCCUGUCGUUGGUCCAAGCUAUCUACGAAGACCGCGGAAGACGACGCCCACAGCUGCCCUGGGAGGACGAUGCCUAUCGACGCUGCCAGUAUCAGGCGGACUACAAGGCCCUCCGAUACACGGUGACCUUGCCAGAUGGUUCGCGGGAAGAGGGCUCCGCCAAGCUUUGA